AUCAACCCAAAAAGAAGGCCGUGUGUUUGUGUCGCGGUGGAUUGUGGGAACGUACUGCUCGAUCAGGAGCAAGAUGUCUGAUAUGGAAGACGAUUUUAUGUGCGACGAUGAAGAGGACUAUGAUUUGGAAUACUCGGAAGACAGCAACUCAGAACCAAAUGUUGACUUGGAGAACCAGUACUAUAAUUCCAAAGCACUGAAGGAAGAUGACCCCAAAGCAGCCCUGAGCAGCUUUCAGAAGGUGCUGGAGCUUGAAGGUGAGAAGGGUGAAUGGGGUUUUAAAGCAUUGAAACAGAUGAUCAAGAUAAAUUUCAAACUGACAAACUUCCCUGAAAUGAUGAACCGAUACAAACAGCUGCUAACUUAUAUCCGGAGUGCUGUCACUAGGAAUUACUCCGAGAAAUCUAUUAAUUCCAUACUUGAUUAUAUUUCUACUUCUAAGCAGAUGGAUUUGUUGCAAGAAUUUUAUGAAACAACCUUGGAGGCAUUAAAGGAUGCCAAAAAUGACAGGUUGUGGUUUAAAACAAAUACAAAGCUUGGCAAACUGUACUUGGAGCGAGAGGAAUAUGGAAAACUUCAGAAGAUCCUGAGACAGUUGCACCAGUCUUGUCAGACUGAUGAUGGAGAAGAUGACCUAAAGAAAGGAACACAGCUCCUGGAGAUAUAUGCCCUUGAAAUUCAGAUGUACACAGCACAGAAGAACAACAAGAAGUUAAAAGCACUCUAUGAGCAGUCUUUGCAUAUCAAAUCUGCAAUACCUCAUCCUCUCAUCAUGGGUGUGAUCAGGGAAUGUGGUGGAAAAAUGCACCUGAGAGAAGGGGAGUUUGAAAAGGCUCACACAGAUUUCUUUGAAGCUUUCAAAAAUUACGAUGAAUCGGGGAGUCCAAGACGAACUACAUGUUUGAAGUAUUUGGUUUUAGCAAAUAUGCUAAUGAAGUCAGGAAUAAACCCAUUCGACUCUCAGGAGGCUAAGCCUUAUAAAAAUGACCCAGAAAUUCUUGCAAUGACAAACUUAGUAAGUGCCUAUCAAAAUAAUGACAUCACUGAAUUUGAGAAAAUUUUGAAAACAAAUCACAGUAACAUAAUGGAUGAUCCCUUCAUAAGGGAGCACAUUGAGGAGCUGUUGCGCAACAUCAGAACACAAGUGCUCAUCAAAUUAAUUAAGCCUUAUACAAGGAUACACAUACCUUUUAUUUCAAAGGAGUUGAACAUUGAUGUUGCAGAUGUUGAAGGUUUGCUUGUGCAGUGCAUAUUGGACAAUACAAUUCAUGGCAGGAUUGAUCAAGUCAACCAGCUUCUGGAACUGGAUCAUCAGAAAAGGGGAGGGGCACGAUACACUGCUUUGGACAAAUGGACACAUCAGCUCAAUUCCCUCCAUCAAGCCAUUGUUAGCAAGUUGGCUUAAUAAACAAAUAUCAGUCAAAAGGUGUUGGUGUUGAAUGACAAAUAACAGGAAAGAGGCACUCUGCUGUUGGUUAGUUUAUCCUUCUAAGUGGAGCUUCAUAGAAGUAUUUUGUCUGACUGGUUUGUAUUUGCAGCUGCAGUUGUUCAAGAUGGCUUUUGUAUUCAUUGGAAAACCAAAACAUCUUUGGAUUUUUGUUUUGACAUUAAGUAUUUAUCAGUAUAUUUAAAUAAGGUAGUGGACUGCCUGAAAUGAAUACUUUGUAACAACUUUUAAAUACAUAUGAACUGUGUUUUGUUACACAUUACAAAUGUUCUAUAUUGUUUCCAUUUCAGUUAGAAUAAGUUUUUAGUACAUUGAAAUGUAAAUCAGUUUGGGCACUUUUUUCCAUGGAUGAAUUUGCAAAAUGUCAUGUAGAUACUGAAAAUGUAUUGAAAUUAAAGAGAUACUUGCAUGUUGUGAAA